GUAUAAGUAGAUUCCCAACAAGGGGAAGAAAUGAGAAAAAAAUCGGGAGCUUUGUAUAUCGUUGUAUAAAGCUGCUUUAAAAAGAGAUUGGAAAGAUGCUGAAACUGCUCUCAGAUUGGACAAAAGUGCAGGUUAAGAUAACAGAAAUGGGAGAAAGGCCUCUUCACAUAGCUGCUCUCGCCAAGCGAAGUGCGUUUGUCCGCGAGUUAGUCAUCACUUGAACAAAGAAGACCUGAAAUUGACGAAUGAUCGUGGAGAUACAGCUUUCUGUUUUGCAGUUUCGAGGCCAAGGACCGCAAGGACAUUCUUGUUGCAACUAUCGACAGUGGCAUGUAUGAUAUCGCAUUAAAAAUAUUGGAAGCUGAUAGAAGUAUAGGCAUUUCUCCAAACGCCGUGAAAGGAAGUGCUCUACACGCAUUAGCCCGAAAAACUUUGCCACACUAUGGUAAAAGUCACGAAUGGAUAUGCGAAAAACUCGAGAGAAUCAUCCCUUAUGUUCCCUGUUUCAAAAAGAUAUGUGGUUCAAUUCAAAUGCGGGAACAAGCCAGUUAGUUGGUAAAGGAGCUCUGCACACAGUUAAAGGACUCGGAAAUUUCAGUCAUAUGUAGCCAACCAGAAACUCCUAUACUUACUGAUAUCCCGAUCUUAUAUGGAAAGCUGACACAAAUGGUCACACCAUAUUUCAUGUUGCAGUUAUUAACCGACAAGAGAAAGUCUUUAAUCUCAUCUAUGACACAGGAGCUAUUAAAGAUUUAUUAAUGUCCUUAGAAGAUAAAUCCGGAAACAACAUUUUGCAUUUGGCUGCAGAAUUACCACCUUCAAGCAGACUCAAUAUUGUCUCUGGAGCAGCUCUUCAAAUGCAGAGAGAGCUCCUGUGGUUUAAGGAGGUAGAGAAGAUUCUACUGCCUUCUGACGUUCAGAAGAAAAAUAUUAACAAAAAAACACCUAGGGAGUUGUUUACAGAUGAGCACAAGGAGUUACAGGUUGCUGGUGAGAAGUGGAUGAAAGACACAGCAACUUCUUGCAUGGUUGUGGCAACCUUACUGUUGUGUUUGCUGCAGCCUAUGCCUUACCUGGUGGGGUUUAGGAAGGAACGGGGUCUCCAACUUUCUUGGACGAAAACUAGUUCAUAGUUUUUGUCACAUCUGAUGCAGGGGCAAUGUUUAGCUUGACGGUUUCCAUGAUGAUGUUCUUUUCUAUCUUAACUUCACGCUAUGGAGAAGAUGAUUUUCUAUUUACAUUACCAGCAAAGUUGAAGGGUGGACUAGUUACACUCUUUGCUUCAGUCGUUUGUAUGGUCUUAACAUUUAGUGCAACCUUCUUUUUGGUCUGCAGGAAAGAAAAGGAUGGGACAUUGCCUGGUCUUACUUUGUUUCCAAUCACUUUACAUGCUAUGCUAAAUUUUAGGUUAUGGAUUUCCCUAAUCCACUCAACAAUUUGGGCGUCAAGGUUGAUGUUUCGACCGCGUAAGCACCGGCUUUUCUAAUACUAAGAAAAGUGGAGAAGUAUUGUUGUUGUUGUAUUUUCUAAUAAAAGGCUUUGUUUUAAGCUUUUGUUUCUUCUA